AUGAGUGAAAUCGACAAGCUUCCUCCAACUCCACCUGACGAGGAAGUCGGCAAAUUAAUGAGGAUCUUCGUGAAGACUACGGAGGGGCUACGGAGGUGUCGAAGUGAAAUAGAAAUCGAUAGGGGGACGAAACGGAGCAAGGGGGCCGAUAACGCGUUGGCAUACGCCCAACAGGUGACGUUAAAAGCGCUCGCCCGAGAUGGAGUAUCGUGUUGCUUGCGGAAGGGGAAUGUGAGGAUGAUUGAUGACGGGUAUUCCACAUGGGCGACUGAAAGUCCCUCAGAUGAUGUGAACCUCGACACUCAGGCGUAUUGGGAAUCGAUGAGGACCACUGGAACCUCCUCCUCUUCCUUAUCGCAAGAAACUCCCGGAGAGAUCUCAUGGGAGGAUGUUGAUGCGAGUCUACGAUCGACCUUUCGAGGGGUUGACUUGGCUGAGCUGCAUCGAGGAGAGCCCGCUGGAGAAGACGAUAUUCAUACCAAUAAUGUGCUUUGGCACAGCACAGACGAUACGCCCGACGACGGAGUUGGACAUAGAAUCGACGAAUUCAUCGCUGAUGGGGAAGACCUGGAGAGUCUGAGCAAUCGGUUCACUGACACGACGGCUAAAUAUGGUCUGUGGAAGGAUGCUGAAGUUGAACAGUGUCCCUUGGAAAUGAGGAAUCAGCAGAGCCCCGAGGGGAGUUCUAAUGAGUCGGAAAAUCGAGCAACAAAAGUAUUUUUCCAAUGGUGUAGUCGUGAAAGGUGUGCGCCACCGCGAGUGAGGUGCCUCCGAGGAGGAGUUAAACCAUAUUGUUACGUCGAGGUCUGGGGAAUCAGUCGAGAAUUUCGGGGAGAUAAGCAGCUGCCGGCGGAGAACUUCAUCGAUCCGCCGAAGACUGAAAUCGGCACUUUGGAAGGAGUGCGAGAAAAAGUUCUGUGA